CAAAUAAACUAUAAAAAUGGCGGCACGUAAAGGAGCUCCCACUGCUGAGGAUUUGUCAAAUGUGGAAUUCGAGACAAGCGAAGAUGUGGAGGUCAUACCCAGUUUCAAUGCUAUGAACCUCAAAGAGGAAUUACUCAGAGGCAUUUAUGCUUAUGGUUUUGAAAAACCCUCUGCCAUCCAGCAGCGUAGUAUUAAACCAAUUGUCAAAGGGCGGGAUGUUAUUGCACAGGCUCAGUCGGGUACCGGUAAAACGGCAACAUUUUCCAUUGCAAUACUACAGAGUUUGGACACAUCGUUGAGGGAGACCCAAGUUCUCUGCCUGUCGCCCACACGUGAAUUGGCGGUACAAAUUCAAAAAGUUAUUUUGGCAUUGGGUGAUCUAAUGAAUGUCCAGUGCCAUGUUUGUAUUGGUGGUACAAAUUUGGGUGAAGACAUACGUAAAUUGGAUUAUGGCCAGCAUAUUGUUAGUGGCACACCAGGUCGUGUCUUCGAUAUGAUUAAGCGGAGAGUUCUACGUACUCGUGCCAUAAAAAUGUUGGUGCUGGACGAAGCCGAUGAAAUGUUGAACAAGGGUUUUAAGGAACAAAUCUACGAUGUUUAUCGUUAUUUACCACCAGCAACACAAGUAGUGUUAAUUUCUGCUACCCUGCCACAUGAAAUCUUGGAGAUGACAUCGAAAUUUAUGACAGACCCCAUUAGAAUAUUGGUCAAACGUGAUGAAUUGACACUGGAAGGUAUCAAACAAUUUUUCGUCGCUGUCGAACGUGAAGAAUGGAAAUUCGAUACAUUGUGUGAUCUGUACGACACUCUGACCAUCACACAAGCUGUUAUUUUCUGCAACACAAAACGUAAGGUCGAUUGGUUGACGGAGAAAAUGCGUGAGGCAAAUUUCACAGUUAGCUCUAUGCACGGUGAUAUGCCACAAAAGGAACGUGACGAAAUUAUGAAAGAAUUCCGUGCCGGUCAAUCACGUGUCCUCAUUACCACCGAUGUCUGGGCACGCGGUAUUGAUGUUCAACAAGUCUCACUGGUUAUUAAUUACGAUUUACCCAAUAAUCGUGAAUUGUACAUUCAUCGUAUUGGUCGUUCGGGUCGUUUCGGUCGCAAGGGUGUUGCAAUUAAUUUCGUCAAAUCCGAUGAUAUUCGUAUUUUGCGUGAUAUUGAACAGUACUAUUCGACACAAAUAGAUGAAAUGCCAAUGAAUGUUGCUGAUUUGAUUUAA